AAAAUCAUCGAGGACUUUCCUAAGUACACGGACUGCUACAUCCGCCUUGCGUACUUAGCGCAGCGCUCAGGCGACAUGAAGUCUGCAGUCCAGUGGGCCCAGAAGGCCAUGAGCGUCGAAGCUGACCACACAGACGCAACCCUGCUGCUGGCAGUGCUACACACGGAGCAGAAGAAUUGGUACAAGGCCAAGCAGCUGCUGGACAAGCUGAUAAAGGGGGGCAAGUGCCAGGGCGACCCUUAUGCCUUGUUGGCCAUGGCCACGCUCAACAUGUACAGUGCGCCAGGUGAGCGCCGCAGGGAAGGCGACGAGAAGCGUGCCCGCCAGCACUUCCUGAAAGGCCUUGAGUACUACCAGAAGGCUCUGGAGAAGGACAUGUCCAACGUAUAUGCUGCGAACGGGCUGGGCGCGGCGCUCGCCGAACUGGGGCACCUGGAGGUGGCCAAGGAGAUCUUCACAGAGGUGCAGGAGGCCGCAGCUUCCCAGUCUGGCUUCCUGAAGAUCCCGGACGUGUGGGUGAACCUGGCCAACCUGCACCUGGGCUGCGGCGACUACGACAGCGCCAUAAAGCUGUACCAGGGUGCGCUGGCAAAGUUCUACCAGCACCAGAACCCGGCUCUGCUGGUGUACCUGGCUCGGGCACACUAUGACAAGGGCCAGCUGAAGGAGGCCAAGAAGGCGCUGCUGAAGGCCAUGCACACCAUGCCUGACGACCCCUCGCUGCAGUUCAAUGUGGCCUUGACUGUUCAGCACGGCUGGCGCACGCUAACACGCAAGAGCCCCAAUGGGGAGGCGCACCAGGUGGAGGAGUACACGCAGGCCACCGAGGAGCUCUCCAUGGCGCUGCGACACUUCACAUCCCUUAAAAAGGCGGGGGCUGGCAAGACUGGCAUACACGAGGCCAAGCUGGCCAGCCAUGUGCACUUCUGCGUCGAAUCCAUGAAGAAGUGGCCUCCAACGUGCCGGGCCUGCCACCCUCAGGCCAAGGCCAUUCUGGAGGAUGCCAUGAAGAAGGCGGCGCUUGACACUUGGGUGUUGCCAAAUGCCAAAGUCAUCCUGGAGGACGCCUUGAAGAGGAAGGCGGCGCUGGACGCCGAGAAGGCGCGCAAGAAGGCGCAGCUGGAGGAGCAGAUGGAGAGGCGGCGGCAGGCGGCCGAGGAGCGGCGGCGCGCUGAGGAGGCAGAGGAGCGUGACAGGCAGCGGAGGGCGCAGGAGCAUGCCAAGAGGUUGGAGGCCCUCAAAGAGAAGUGGAGGGAGGACGCUCGGCUUAAGGAGGCUGCGCGGCGGGGGACGCCUCGAGGAUCGGCAGAAAGCGGCGGCCGCAGGGCGAGGAGGAUGAGCGCGAGGACAGGAAGCGCCUGUCCAAGGAGGCCUCGGACUCCAGUGACAGCGCAUUAG